AUGGCAGCCCCAAGAGAGGACCCUGCUCCAUCCGGGCCUUCAAAGGCCCAGGGCGAUGCCAAUGACCUAGCCCAGGCCUAUCGGGAACUUCUAAGGGGUGAACAGGCAGCCACCGCUCUCGAGGCGAACCUAAGCAACCUCGAGUCCAAGCUGGACGCCCUCCUCGCCGCAUACGAGCCCGCCGAGACGACGGAGGAAGGCGGCGAGGACUCUGCUGCCGGGGAGGCUACUAAGAAGACCUCCGAGAAGAAGGAGAAGCCCACCCAGCAAUCCAAGGAGGACCCUCAGGAUGAGAAGAAACAUUAG